GCAGCGGCGUGGACGCAGUCACACGUAACCUGCCUCUCGUUAUACCCCGGCGCCUCAACACCGACUAAAAUGUAUAAAAUUAUACUAAGUUGUCUUCUAUACUCGGCGCACGCGGCCACCUACCAACAACGUUAUACCACCGGGCAGUACCCAACCUACUCCACCAUCGCCAACCUAUACGAGCAGAACCCUCUCAGAACCGCUAGCUUUUCCAGCAACGACAACUCCGCCUACUCCUCAAGCAGAUACCCGAACUACAACCCUAGUGGAAGCUCUUAUACUACCAGCAGCUAUGGCAGCCGAGACAGUUACAGUAAUCAAAACAGCUACAACCAAGGAGGCUACCAGGGAAGUUACAACGAAGCAGGUUACAACCAAGGAGGUUACAACCAAGGAGGAUAUAGCAGCAACCAAGGAGGAUACAGCAACAACUACAACACCGGCCUCUAUGGUUCAGGCGUGACCGGGCGCUACGGAGAAGGUUACAGCUCUUACGAGAUGCCGUUCAUGAGGAACAUGGGGGGCUACUGCACCAACAGGUCCCCUCAGAACGGGAUCUUCGUGGACUCGCUGAUGGGCAUGUGGUACGGGGUGGAGGUGGUGCAGCACCUGGCCGGGGACUCCUUCGUGGAUACUUCGUACACCUGCAUCGUGAUACAUAUCGCCGAGCCCGCGGAACAGCCUUCUUCCGAGAACCCGGUGUUCCACGUGCAGCACAUCAAGGCGAAGUUCCGGCAGGAGUACCGCCACCUGCGGCUGCUGUGGGACGAGGCGGGCGAGACCACAGAGUAUUCGCUCUACUUCCGGAACGACUCCGCCGGCUACUGGCAGGUUCUCGACGCUCAGAACGGGACCCUGGCCGCCAGAUCCAACUACCAGCAGUUCAGCGGUACCAUCCAGGUGCUGAAAGCCGUCAACGACCACAUGGUGCUGAACUUCUGCCAGGAACCAGUUAACAACAGACCCGCUCAGCUAUACUCUGUUCUCUUCUCGAGGGAGCCUGGUAGGAUGGCCAGAUGGGAGAAGGAAUCUGUGCAUAAUAUGCUACAGAAUAAGAAACUUUCGACAGCGUCCCGGAGACUGGUCUGUGGAAACGGAGGGUCUAGGCCAGCAACGGGCAUAUUGUUUUCGAUACUAACUUGUGUGCUAGCUUGUAUCGUCAGCGUUGCCUCAUAAUAAGUAAGGUCUCAGACUCUGAGUGCCAAGUGGGAGUUUUUCUAACGGUUUCAGCAGUGAACAGUAAAUGCGAAUUUGUAUGAUGGCGACACUCCAACGACAUACCUACGAAUUUGCGUUUGCUUUUCACUGCUCGAACGGUGUAAAAACUCACACCUCUCAAGAUGGUGUCCUUCAGGAAAUUGUUGUUAACCAUGUUCUUUGUAAACUGUUGUCCAAAUAAAAUACUUUGAGACGUGAAUGACGGGACUAAAUUAUGUUUUACAAAGGUAUUUGAUUGAAAAUAUUGUCACGAGCAUUUGACCACAAAUCGUUUAUCUACGGACCACAGUGACCAUGAUCGAUACAAUGCUCAACUGCAGUCUGAGUACACUUUUUCUACUUUUUUUUAAUGCUCUACUGACCUCUAGAACGAACGAAUGCCAUAGUAAUGAUCUCGAUAAUGGCAGCUAUAAAUACAAUCCAGUUUAAUAAAAAAGCUGAAUUAUUCGCUUAAACUAAAUAACUAAUCAUUAAGUAAAAAAAUAACGACUGUUAAAAUAAUACUUACCUACAAUUUUCCAGGAUAAUUUGUAUGAAAGUUCCGUCCUUUCCUGGAAAUUUAGCAACCAUCUAGCUAGUUUUUAGAUAAGUAGGUGUUAGUACCUAUCGAAUAAAUAAUAAAGUAUCAUAUAGGUAAUUUGUUUAUGUAAUACCUAACUAUAGUUACUAGAGAUUUUAAAGUCAUUUUGUUACAUAAUAUUAUAAUAAGAAUUAAAGUAUUUGUUAAUGUUCUGUU